ACGGGCUGAGUCAAAUAGGCUGACAUUCGAGAACAACUCAACGGUGUGCUGGGGGUAACAAGAGAGAUGCGAGGGCAAGGCUGGAGCUGAGCCUGCGAGACAAAGCUAAGAAAUCCGUCAAACUGAGCUCAUUUAGUCGGCAAAGAAAGCCUAACGUUCUACAGUAAGCGUUUACAGGACGAGAGACCAUGUCGGUGCUGGCUUUGCAAGAAUACGAAUUCGAGAGGCAAUUCAAUGAAGAUGAAGCCAUUCGAUGGAUGCAGGAGAACUGGAAGAAGUCUUUCCUCUUCUCUGCACUCUACGCUGCCUGCAUACUUGGUGGGCGGCAUGUAAUGAAACAAAGGGAGAAGUUUGAAUUGAGGAAACCUUUAGUACUAUGGUCUUUAACACUUGCAGCCUUCAGUAUAUUUGGUGCCAUCAGAACCGGAGGCUACAUGGUGAACAUCUUGAUGACCAAAGGCCUAAAGCAGUCAGUGUGUGAUCAGAGUUUCUACAAUGGACCAGUCAGCAAGUUCUGGGCCUAUGCUUUUGUCCUCAGCAAGGCACCUGAACUAGGAGACACACUAUUUAUCGUCUUACGGAAGCAAAAACUGAUUUUCCUGCACUGGUAUCAUCACAUCACAGUUUUGCUCUAUUCCUGGUACUCCUACAAGGACAUGGUGGCCGGCGGGGGCUGGUUCAUGACCAUGAACUAUCUGGUGCACGCCGUCAUGUAUUCUUACUAUGCUCUUCGGGCCGCCGGCUUCAAAAUCUCUCGCAAGUUUGCCAUGUUCAUCACCCUGACGCAGAUCACCCAGAUGGUGAUGGGCUGUGUGGUCAACUACCUGGUGUAUUCGUGGAUGCAGCAAGGCCAAGAGUGCCCAUCCCAUGUGCAGAACAUCGUGUGGUCGUCCCUCAUGUACCUCAGCUACUUUGUGCUCUUCUGCCAGUUCUUCUUCGAAGCCUACAUCACCAAGACCAAAUCCAAUGCAGCAAAGAAAAGCCAAUAAAUCAAGAAAAUGAUUUAAAAAAAAAUUUAAUCACAGAGAGGUGGGGAAAACUAAAUGGACCAGUGAUUGGUAGUGGAUGGAUGAGUCUUUAAAGUUAGGGCUUAAGAACUUGCAGAAGAAAGAAGCAAAGACCAUGAGGGGCUACUAUCAAAGCUUGUUCAUACUGUACUACUAACGUAUAGAGAUAAACCUCCCCACCACUAGGGAAGCUCUGUUGAGCUGCACUGAGAAAUCAUUACGAUUAUAUCAGUUGAACAAAAAAAUGUGUCUUUAUGUAAUGUAUAUGUGCCCAAUACAAUUAUCUGUAUUUAAAAAAGAAAAAAGUGUAGAGAUUAAAAAAAGGGAUGCAAAAUAAAUUAAAACAGAAUUAAGAAGUCGUCAAAAUGGACUGAGAUAUUUUGAAAAAGGAUCUUAUAUGGAUAGAAUUCAUAUUUGUGUGGUUUUGUCUAAACAUUAAAUGUUAAUGUUAUUUUUAUUGGUUGGAUAGAUUGUGUACGGUAAUUUUGUACGAAAGCCAUGUCAAUGGAAGACAUGUAAAUGUUGAGCUAAAAAUGACACAGUGUGUUCUGUUCAGCGUCGCAGAACCAAAAUUCUCUCAGGUCUUAGUUUUUUUUCCAUGUGAAGUUCAUAUCAUUUUAGAAAAAAAAAGAAAGAAAACUAAACAUAAGGCAUAUUAGUCAAAUAGGCCUGAAAUGUUAAUGCCAUUGGAUUACUCAUACACAAGCAACCACACAAGUAAAUAGCAAAAAAAUAAAUGAAAGGGGACAAAAAGACCAAUGAAGGCCAUUUUGAGAGGACACUGUGGCCAAAUGAUCAUUAGAACACCAGAGGCCCUUCUGGAGUAUGAAUCAUCGGACCUCUCUGAAUCUGCAUUUGUUCUGACCUCUGAAAGACCUGGUCUUCUUCUCAUGGCUUAAGGUCAUCAUUAUCACAAUCCAUUGCAAAGGCAGACGGCACAGAGAGUCUAGCCCUGCCUAAAGGAACAUGAAGUCAAACAUACUUAAACAAAAAGUCUAUAUCACUGUAACAAAUCAGAAUAAUCUCUGUCACUGAAUGGUGUCCAUUGUGCUCUUGUGCAUUUGCACUGUGUACAUGUAAAGCAUCUAUAGACGAUUUUAACAAAGAGCCAAGAGUGCUGAAAUA